AUGUCAGAAUACGUCCCAGAUCUUAAUAAUCAGACAUGGAUUGACCAAGGCGGCCUCUUUUACUUCUGCUUCAAGAACCCAAAGUCCCAGUACUGCGAAGACGUUCCUGGGUACUACCAGUACCGCGUUGACCUCGCUCCCAAUGCUGCCUUCCUUGCUAUCUUUACCGCUUCAUUGAUCGGCUUCAUCAUCACAUGGGCCAUCACUCGUAGAGGCACCGCUUUCAACAUUGCUCUGAUCCUCGGCCUCAUCUGCGAGGUCAUCGGUUAUGCAGGACGCAUCUUGAGUUGGCAGAACCGCUGGAGCGAGAAUGGGUUCCUAGUGCAGAUAUGCUGCUUGACUAUCGGUCCUGCGUUUAUGGCUGCUGGGGUGUACCUCUGCCUUCGAAGGAUUGUAUCAGCUUUUGGGCCUGAGAACUCAAGACUUCCUCCAGAAUACUACACCCGAAUUUUCAUCCCUUGCGAUGUUAUAUCUCUCGUCCUUCAAGCCUUAGGAGGUGCCAUGGCCUCGAUUGCUUCUCACCAACACAAGAGUGCCGAUACCGGAUCAAACAUCAUGAUUGCUGGUCUCGCUUUCCAAGUCAUCACGAUUGUCAGCUUCAUCGCAUGUUCAGUCGACUUUGUCCUUCGAACGAUGCGUCGUCAGCGUGCUCUUGGCGACGCAGCCCUCGACCAACGUCCUGAAAUUGUCAUGGUUCGCAAUUCACCAUGGUUCAAGGCUUGUCUUGGUGCUCUGUCCUUGGCCAUUUUCUGUAUCCUUUGGCGGAGCGCCUUUAGAGUUGCAGAAUUGUCAAGAGGGUGGGAGGGCCCUAUCAUGGGUGACCAGUACAUGUUUGUUGGCUUUGAGGGGAUCUUGAUAGUGGUUGCGGUGGUGGUUCUCAAUAUGUUUCAUCCUGCGAUAUGUAUGCGGGAACUGUUGGAGCUGGAUGAUGGCGGUCUCAAAGGACUUUGGGGAUUCCGUGGUCGCAAGAGCAAGGUUGUUACCAGCCAGGACUCGACCGAUUACGACAGAAAGACACCCGCAAAUGAGACCAUGGCACUAUAA